AUGAGUGACAAUCACAACACUAAGUCCAAAGACGGCAAGAAGAACAAGAAGAAUAAGUUGGUGAGUAGGUUGGUAAACCACGGCUGGAGCUGGUCGGAUCACACGUCGCUCAACAGACCCAACAGCGAGGAGUUUGGCACCAACUAUGACCCCAACACCAUGACUGCCGAUGAGCGACACAUGUCUUUACCCAAUUUGGAUCAGUUGACCGACGAUGACAUCAACGUCCAGUUCGAGUCAAUGCUCGACGACAUGAAUCUGACUGAAGAGAAGAAGAACCCGUUGCGGACUCAGAGGAUUGAGACGAAGAGGACAAUGCUUAGCUCGCACUACAAGCAAAAGUUUGCGUCCAAUAGAUCCCGGUUUGUGUCGCCCAACGACUACGUGAAGUACAUCCAGGAAACGGCAGACAUCACGUCCGACAAACUCUACCGCUGUAUAGAGUCGUUGCGAAUCGAGUUGACUAACAAACCCGUCUCGUGGGUCAAGCAGUUCGGCCAAAACCAGGGCCUCCAGUGCCUGCUGUCGGUCCUCAACAACUGCUACCAGUGCCACGGCUCACGACAGGCCAACAAAGUGCAACACGAGUGCAUCAAAUGCCUGAAGGCCUUGAUGAACAACACGGCCGGCAUAAACCAAGUGUUCGACCACAAGGAGGCGCUCUCCAUACUGGCGCGCUCUCUGGAUCCGAUGCAGAUUACGGUGAUGUCCGAAGUGGCGGAACUGUUGGCGGCGCUGUGUCUCGUGAAUAAGGACGCCAUCAACGGUCACGACAAGGUGUUGGAGGCGAUGACCAUCUGCGCCGAGAACAACCACUUCGAGCACCGCUUCUCACCGAUUAUCGAAGGCAUGAAAAACGAGUCCAAUGUGUCGCUACGGCUGGCGUGUAUGCAACUCAUCAACGCCCUCAUCACCAACAACGAGGACUUCGACUUCCGGCUUCAUCUGCGCAACGAGUUCUUCAGAGAGGGUUUCUAUGAUCUGUGGGACGACACACUCCUACCGCUUAUUCAACGACACAACGACAACGACACCGAAGAGUUGGUCAACAAUAAGAGUUCCGUCUCGAAGACACCCAACGAGAAGUUGGUGGACAUGAUUCUGGUGUUCAACAACGCCAAGGACGAGGACUUCGAGGAAUUGACGCAACGCUACGAGAAUAUCCGCUUCGAGUUGGACGACAACGACGACUGUUUCGCACUCAUUAAGAACAGCGUGAAGGGCACACCCGCUGACCAGCACUUGCUCUCCAUAUUCCAGCACCUGUUGCUCAUCCGAGACGACUUGUACUCCAGGCAGUUGUUCCGCAUACUGUUCCGCACUCUCAACCACCAGUACGAUUACAUCUUCGACUGGACGAUGUUGAAGCAGAAGGCGGCCCAAUCGGCCGCCCAGUCUGGCGGCGCCUCAUCCAACCAGAACGUCAACCAAACCGGUCCCACUGGCACUCGCUAA